AUAAAUGAAGCAGAAAGGGCCACUUACCAGUUGACUGCACACGUGGAUGCCAGAGAAUCCAUGGUAUAAUUAUAUAUACGUUCUGCACUAGCACUGGAUGAAGCAAUGAAUCAUGCUAGAGAGAUCCAAGAUUAAUAGUCUGGGACAGCAAGUUAUAUGCUGAAGAAAACGUCACAUAUUGAAAGUGUAUAUAGAUGGAGACUCCCAAGAGGAAGAAUAGUUAUGUGGCCAAGUACCUGCUCACCAUUACAGCGUCAUCCGUGGCUGAAACUGUGACGUUUCCUAUGGACAUGAUAAAAACUCGGCUACAAAUCCAAGGUCAGGAUACUGGUAUCCUCAACAAGUCAGUAAUCUCCCAGGAUACUGUCGCUAAGUCAACAGUGUUAAAAACUGUUGAUCAAGGAAAGUACAGAGGAGUUGUAAGGACUGCUAUUGGAAUAGCACGAGAGGAGGGCGUGCUGAAACUGUGGAGGGGACUCCCCCCUGCCGUUUUGAGGCACUGCAUUUAUUCUGGUUGUAGAAUGACUUUCUAUGAAGUAAUUCGUGAUCACAUUUUUAAAAGAAAUAAAGAUGGCACCUACCCUCUUUGGAAAGCAGUACCCUCUGGCAUGAUAGCCGGUGCUGGUGGUCAGUUCAUUGCGAGUCCCACGGAUCGAGUUAAGGUUCUCUUACAAAUGGAGGGCAGAAGAGUGUUAGACGGACACAAACCAAGAUAUAGAGGGAUGUGGCAUGUUUUCACAAGCAUUGCUCGCACUGGUGGUGUAGCGGCACUAUGGAAGGGAUGGGUACCCAACUGUACCAGGUCUUCUCUCGUCUGUCUAGGGGAUUUGACUACUUACGAUGCAGUAAAACAGAGAUUACUAAAGAAUAAAAAUUUUAAAGACACUGCAAUCACUCACGCAAUGUCAAGUAUCUGCUCCAGUAUAACCUCAGCGUUAAUGGGAACACCUGCAGAUGUUAUAAAGAGUCGCAUGAUGAACCAGCCGUACAACGAGCAGGGUGUGGGACAGUAUUACAAGUCCACCAUUGACUGUCUACUCACAACUGUCAAGGGAGAAGGUGUGCUGGCUCUUUACAAAGGUCUCAUUCCAAUCUGGGCAAGAAUGGCACCGUGGUCGAUGACGUUUUGGUUGGUCUACGAGGAGAUCAGAGUAUUAGCAGGAGUUGGGAACUUUUAAUGCAGAGUACAAUAUAUGUGAUAGCUGAAAAGAGUUACCGUAUA